AAGGCCGCCCGGGCAGGGAGGCUGCAGACAUCACCGCCCUCCUCCCGACGCCAGCCCAGCCCUAAGCCACCAUGUGCCACACCAGCUGCUCCUCCGGCUGCCAGGCUGCCUGCUACGUGCCCAGCUCCGGCCAGGCGUCCUGCUGCACGUCCAGGCCCUGCCAGGCGUCCUGCUAUGUGCCCCUGACCUGUAAGCCAGCUGUGUGCGUGCCCGUGAGCUGCAGGCCCGUGUGCCUGCCCGUGAGCUGCAGGCCCACCGUGGGUGUGGCCCCCUCCUGCCAGUCCUUUGUGCGUGUGCCCGUGAGCUACAAACAGGUCGUGUACGUGGCCCCCUCCUGCCAGUCCUCCGGGUGCUUCCAGCCCUCCUGCCCUACCCUGGUCUGCAGACCCACCUCCUGUAGCACCCCCUCGUGCUUUUGACCGUGAGCCUCCUCCCAGCUGCCCCCUGUGCAGAUGAGUUCAUACCUGUGCCCCUCCCAGAACGAGUCCUCCAUGGGCCUCCAGGUUCUGCACGUGGCAGAUGAAAAACGCAUGAUGAACCAACCCUCUGAACUCUGGGGCAAGAGCGUGGCAGGACGAUCUGGAUCUUUCUAUGAAUCUGCGCAUCUCCUCUGGAAGCCCUGGUUCCCAGGGUCCCUCUCUGUCUCCGGCAGGAAGCCACAUCCCAUGUGUGACAAAUAAAUCAUGCUUUCUCAAUG